AUGGAUCCACAGCAGCUGCUUUUAACUGAGCACCUCGGGUUCGCUCCCUUGACUCUCGUUGAUGAAGUCAUAAACGCUGUCAACCAUAUCAUGUACAGAUGUACAGACGCCUUAGAGGUUUUUCUCAAGAACAGGCGAAAUAGUCAAAUUCAGGAGCUCCGAAAUAAGCUGACGGACGAUUCCGAUAUCAUGAUGGACGAUGCAGAACCCACCAAUCCAGAAUUCAAGAAGAAGGUGUUUCCUUUAGAGGAUAUCGAAAAAGGCACAGCUGAGCUUGAAACGCUACUAGUAUCGCACGUGGACCGUGCUUUCGAUAAGUUUGAGCUUUAUACGCUCCGUAACAUCCUUCAUAUUCCCCCUGAUCUAGUGAGUGGAGGCUGGCUAAGACUCAAGCACCAUGAGGGUCUAGAUAUGCUGGCCGCUGGGGACGCCUCUGCAGACGAGGAAAUCAAACUGUUGAUGGAGAAAAUCGACCUUGAGCUUACGUUACGGAAGGUUCUUCAGGUACAAAAAGCCAAAGCUGUUAAGUUAGUGCUGGCGCUUAAACACUAUAGAGGCUGCGUGGCCGCCAUUGUUUCCCUGGGCCCUGCUUCGCAACUAUCGCCUGGAAAGAAGGCCAUUCUCCGUCAGCACUUGGAGCCUAUGAACGAAAACUUGUACUAUUUGCUUGGUCAAACAGAUACGCUACUAGAGCAGACGCUCAAAUUGGAGCGGAAGCUCAGCACAGGCCAGUUCCAGGAGGAGGGCAGAUUCGUGCCGUCUUUGCGUGAUAUGUACAUGAACCAUAAAUCGGUGAAGUUGUUGAACGAGUGUGGAGUUUUGGGUGACCAAGGCAGUCUGCUGCUCAUGUACUCGGCCACAGCACAGCAGCCACAACCGCACAUGGCCGGAACUUUAAGACCAGACCCCGACCUCCAGCGGUUCAACACCGCCAAGGAGAAGAUGGGACACUACUUCCGUUUCAGACCCAGAUCCGCUUUUUUCAACGUGCUCUGGAUGGGCGUGGUGCCUCUUUCCCUCACCUACUUGGCCUACUCCUACGAGGGUCAACUAUCUUUCGGCAGAAAGUUCAGAAAGGAGGUUGUUUUGGAGGAGGACUACGUGCCUAGAAAGAAGGACCUUUAG